GAUCAGGAGUUCAACUGUCCGUUCUGCAAUCACGAGCAGUCUUGUGAAGUGAAAAUGGACAAGGGAAGAAAUACGGCGAGAAUAUCGUGCAGAGUUUGCAUGGAGGAUUACCAAACGACUAUAAACGUGCUCUCCGAUCCUAUAGACGUUUAUAAUGAUUGGAUAGAUGCCUGCGAAACGGCUAAUUGA